UUUGGUUUCCAACCAAAGUGUGGAGGAGAUAACCAGAACCCUCGACAAAAGGAGGAUUUGGGUUCCAACCAAAGUGAGGAGGAGAUAACCAGAACCCUCGACGGAAGGAAGAUUUGGUUCCCAACCAAAGUGAGGAGGAGAUAACCAGAACCCUCGACGGAAGGAGGAUUUGGUUUCCAACCAAAGUGGGGAGGAGAUAACCAGAACCCUUGACGGAAGGAGGAUUUGGGUUCCAACCAAAUUGUGGAGGAGAUAAUCAGAACCCUUGACAGAAGGAGGAUUUAGGUUCCAACCAAAGUGGGGAGGAGAUAACCAGAACCCUCAACGGAAGGAGGAUUUGGGUUCCAACCAAAGUGCGGAGGAGAUAACCAGAACCCUGGACGGAAGGAGGAUUUGGGUUCCAACCAAAGUGAGGAGGAGAUAACCAGAACCCUCAACGGAAGGAGGAUUUGGGGUCCAACCAAAUUGGAAAGGAGAUAACCAAGGUACCUUGGUGGCCCACCUUAUUUGAGGGUCACCUCUCCAAUGAAUACUUGGACUUGAUUCGACUCUGUAAAUGGCUUUCCAACUUCUCGACGGAGGGACAACAGCUUUCCACAUCAACACAUACAGGCAUUACAUCUCCAGUAAUGGUCCCCUCGCUCCAGUGCCCUGGUGGCCCACCUUAGUCAACCUUUCCUGGUGUUCACCUGGUUCUGGUGUCAUUUGGUGAGCAUUUGGACCUGACCUGACUCCUUAAUUCAGGUUUCCAACUCCUUGAUAGAAGAAGAAUGUGGGCACAACCAAAAUGGGAACAAUGGACCAUCCUUGCUCAUGCCUUGGUUGCCCACCUUAGUUAACCUCUUCUGAUGUUCACCUGGCUUUGGGAUCGUUUGGUGAGCAUUUGGACCCUAUCUGACUCCUUAAUUUAGAUUUCCAACUCUUUGAUAGAAGACAAUUGUGGGCACGACCAAAAUGAGUAGAGAACAAUGGACCACCCUCGGUCACCUGCCCUAUCCCUUGAUGGUCACCUAUGCUUCUUUGGUUGCCUGCCGUAUAUCUGACUUGAUCCUAGUGCCAGUGUUGGGGUGAAUAGGUUAGUCCUUGUGUCAGGACACAACUCCAUCUUUGACAUUCCAACUACUCAAUGGAAGGGGAAUUUGGGCAAAGGAUAACCAAGUGUCCUUGGUUGCCCACCUCACCCGAUGGCCAUCUGAGUCGGGUGUCAGGGCGAAUCAGUGAGAGCUUGGAGCUCCUUAAUUUGGGUUGCUAACUCCUCAAUGGAAGGAGAAUCUGGGUGUAACCAAAGUGGGCAGAGGAUAGCCAACCAUUCUUGGUUGCCCAUCUUAUUUGGUCUUGGUUGCCCACCUUGUCCCACCUCACCCAAUGGCCAUCUGGCUCCAGUGUUGUGGUGAAUUGAUGCACAUUUGGACCUGAUACUUUGGGUCCCCAAUGUCUCGACGGAAGAAGGCUCUGGAGCAUGACAAAAGCAGGCAGAGAAGAACCCAUAAUCCUUGGUUGCCCACCUUAUCUCGCCUCAUCCUACAACAGUACCUAGGUUUGGUGUUGGGGUGAAUCGGUGAGCAUUUGGACUUGAUCUGACUCCAUAACAGAAGUCUGCAGCCUUGGUUGCCCAUCUUAUCCAUCCCUGGUUGCCAUCUUAUCCUGCCUUCUCCUAUGGCCACCUAGCUCCAGCGUCAAGGUGAACAGGUGAACGCUUGGGCCAGACAACUCCAAUAAUUUGGGUUGAGCACUUGGACAUGACUAGAUUUCUCCAUUAUUUAGGUUCUCAACCCCUUGAUGGAAGGAGAAUGUGGGCACAGGAUACCUGACCAUCAUUUGUGGCCUCCUCCUCCUAUGGGCACCUAGCUCCAGCGUCAAGGUGAACAGGUGAGCGCUUAGGCCAGACUUAGCUCCGUCGCGUGGGCUCGUGCCUCCUAGAUGGAAGGGGACCUUAGCCGUGGCAACGCCAGCCUGGUGGGCGAGCGGGCGGCCCCCUUCCCGGGUGGCAACGCCUGGGUGGCGGCCUUCCUCAGCUUCGUGAUCCUGCUGACCAUGGUGGGCAACUCCUCCCUGAUCCUGCUCAUCUUCACCCAGCGCUCACUGCGCAACACCUCCAACUACUUCCUGGUCUCGCUCUUCAUGUCGGACCUGCUGGUGGGCUCGGUGGUGAUGCCGCCGGCCAUGCUGAACCGCCUCUACGGCCGCUGGGUGCUGGAGGGGGCCUUCUGCUCCGUCUGGUUCUCCUUCGACGUCAUGUCCACCAGCGCCUCCAUCCUCAACCUCUGCGUCAUCAGCCUCGACCGCUACCUCCUCAUCAUCUCUCCGCUCAAGUACAAGCUCCGCAUGACCUCCGGGCGGGCCGUGAUCCUCAUCCUGGCCACCUGGACCCUGGCCGCCUUGGUCUCCUUCCUGCCCAUCAAGAUGGGGUGGCACAAGAUGGAGUUCGACUUCUGGAUGUCGGGGAACGCCACUGCUCUGGAUGAAGAGGAGGACGAAUGCCGGCUCUUUGUCAGCCUCCCUUACGCCCUCAUCGCUUCCGGACUGACCUUCUUCCUCCCAGCCGCGGCCAUCGUCUUCACCUACUGCCGCAUCCUCUUGGCCGCCCGCAAGCAGGCUGUCCAGGUAGCCUCGCUGACCAACAACGUGGCUCCAGUCGCAGGGGAAGAAGGCCAGCAACAGGUCCCCAGGGCUCACUCCCAGUCGACAGCCGCCAGCGAAAACAGCCGCAAGUUUGCCAACAAGCACAGCAAGCGAGCGCUGAAGGCCAGCCUGACGCUGGGGGUCCUCCUGGGCAUGUUCUUCGUAGCCUGGCUCCCCUUCUUUGUCUGCAACAUGGUUCAGGCCAUCUGCAAGUGCAUCUCGGCCGACUUCUUUGACCUGCUGACCUGGCUGGGCUACUUCAACAGCACCAUGAACCCCAUCAUCUACCCGCUCUUCAUGCGGGACUUCAAGCGGGCCAUGGCCAAGUACCUGCCCUGCUGCCGCCGCGCCUGGGAGCCCCGCCCCAGCCCCGUCUCCCUCUCCAUGAGGAACUCCCACUCGGGGCCCCGCCCGGGGGCCUCCCUCAAGAACGCCCUGGCCCUCCAGGCCGAGCCGGACUCUGCUGCCGACUCCGCCGUCCACCUUGACCAGUGCAGCGGCAGCGGAGGAGGGCAACGCAUGGGCUCGCUCCCGGAGGCUGGGGCCGACACUGUGACUCUUUUUGACCUGGAGCCCAUGGACACCCCUCCGCUCCACACCAACCAGCUGAACGCACCUUUGGACUGAGACCCUGGUCCACUGAUGGGCCACCACACACCCCCGUUCGGGACCCCCUGGAGGUGUCCUUCCAAUCUCUCCUGAAAAGUUCUUCUCGUCUUUGUUUCGCUUGGGCCAACGUUGGUGUGUUAUGUGCCUGCCCACAAUGUUCUAGAUCUCAUAGAGAGGCCUUCUCCAAGGGUGGGCCAUCAAGAGAUAGGUAUUCCCCAAAGACUGCCUCAUCCAAGGGUUGGCAGUACGUAGGCAUUCCCUAAGGGUUGACCAUAAAUAGAAAGGCCUCCUCUAAGGGUUGGCCAUAGUUAGACAGGUCUCCUCUAACGGUUGGCCAUACAUCGAUCAGUAUUCUCCAAGGGUUGGCCAUAAGUAAGCAUUUCCCAAGAGUUGGCCAUAAAAUAGAUAGGCAUCCUCUAAGGGUUGGCCAUAAAUAGAUCGGUAUCCUCCAAGGAUUGGCCAUAAGUAAGUAUUUCCAACUGUUGGCCAUAAAUAGAUAGGCAUCUUCCAAGUUUGACAAUGACAGGUCUCUUCCAAGGCUGGCCAUAGAUAGAGUAGACCUCUUCCAAGGAUUGGCUAUAGGUGGGCCAUAGACAGACAGUCUUCUUCUAAGGGUGAGCCAAAGGCCUCCUCCAAAAGUCUGCCAUAAAGAGAACUCUUCCAAGGGUUGGCCAACGAUAGGUCUCUUCCAAGAAUGACCAUAGAUGGAUGAAUGUCCUCCAAGAGUUUGCUAUAGGUUGGCCAUAAACAAGAUAGACAUCUUCCAAGGGUUGGCCAACGACAGGGCUCUUCCAAGGCUGGCCAUACAUAGAUGGACCUCUUCCAAGGGUUGGCCAUAGGUGGGCCAUAGACAGACAGUCUUCUUCUAAGGGUUGGCCUCCUCCAAAGGUUUGCCAUAUAUAGAUAGGCCGCCUCUAAGGAUUUGCCAUGAAGAGAACUCUUCCAAGGGUUGGCCAACGAAAGGUCUCUUCCAAGGCUGGCCAUAGAUGGAUGGACCUCCUCCAUGGGUUUGCUAUAGGUUGGCGAUAGAUAGAUAAGCACAGGUUGGCCAUUGACAGGCCUUCUCUAAGGCUUUGCUACAGAACACUUGCCACAGCGAGGCCUCCGAGGGCCAGGGCCACCGUGCACCUCCCAAGGGUCCAACAUGGCUCCUAGAACAUACAAUUGUACUGUAUCAUAUCUAUAUAAAAGGCUUUGUGAACGCAGUGUGCCAUUUUCAUUAAAUGGAAGUGAGCAUUGGUUUUAUUUUAA